UAUGCUGAAAGGGCUAUAAAACAGUACAUAGGCUGUGACCCAACAAUACAAUUACUAGGUUUAUAUCCCAAAGAGAUUAAAAAAAAAUAGAAGGACCUUUAUGUACAAAAAUAUUUAAAGCGGUUCGUUUUAAGGGAACAAAGAUUUGGAAAGUGUGGAGAUAACCUUCAAUUAGGGAAUGGCUGAGUAAGUGACAAUAUAUGAUUAUAAUGGAAUACUAUUGUGCUAUAAAAAUGACAAGCAGAAGGAGCUUAGAAAAACCUGGAAACACUUAUACAAAUCAAAGCAGAGUAAAAUAAGCAAAACCAGAAGAACAUUGUACAGUGGCAGGACUACUUUACAGUGAACAACUAUGAAUAACAGCUAUUCUCAGCAAUACAAUGAUCCAAAACUAUCCCCAAGAUCUCAUAAUAAAAAAUGCCAUCUCCUUCCAGAGAAAAGGAACUGUCUGAAUCUGGACAAAAGCAAACUUUUUUCACUUUCUUAAUUUUUUUUUCUAUUUUGGUUUCCUUACACAAAAGCAUUAAUAUGGGGAAAUGUUUUACAUGAAUGCACAAAUAAAAUCCAUAUGAGAUUGCCUUCCAUCUCAAAAGAGGUAAGGAGUUGGCAGGGGAGGGAAGGAGAGAGGAGUCAAGACUCAAUAUUCUUUGGAAAGUGUAGGAAAUCAUUUUUACAUGUAAUUGGGGGAAUUAAAUUAAAAUUUUUAAAACUGAAAAGAACUACAGGGGAUACUCUAGUCUAAUUCACUAUUUGGGCUUUGAACACGCAUGCUUUAUUUAUCUAUGUCUUAUAUGUUGGUCUUAGUUUAUGCCUUGGUCUGAUCAACGAAGAAGGAAAAUAAUUGUUUAAAAAAAGGAAAACGACUUGGUGACUGAGCCCCGGUGAAUAUGACUUGGGAACGCAGCAGCAACUCCUCACGGUCACAACAUCCUCUGAUCCUCAUCCUAAUCCUAACCCUUUCUGCGACCCUCGCAGCAGCCUUGCCUCUCGGCAUCAUGCCGUUCUCCAGUAGCCACAUGCUGAAAUCCUGCUCUGCCGCUGAGGAGAAAAACCCUGACCUCCACUUGCACAACCAUAUAACUAAGGUGCUGACCCCAGAGCUCUAUGAAAAACUCCGGGAUAAAUUCACCCCCAGCGGUUUCACCCUGGAUGAUGCCAUCCAGAUUGGUGUGGACAACCCAGGGAACUCUUUCGUCAUAACUAUGGGCAGUGUGGCCGGAAAUGAAGAGAACUUUGAUGUGCUGCUCAAGGAGGGGUUUGAUCCAAUCAUCAAAGACCGACUUGGAGGCUACAAGCCUUCAGAUGAGCAUAAGAUGGAUCUCAAUGCUGAUGAUCUGCAGGAUGGUGAUGAUCUGGACCCGAAUUAUGUGCUGAUUUCGCCUGGUCGAACUGGUCGGAAUAUCCGAGGAUUCUGUCUACCACCCCAUUGUAGCCAAAGAGAGAGUUGUGCCAUAGAGAAGCUCUCUGGGGAAGAUCUGGCCAGCCUAGUGAGUGAGCUGAACACGGUGUAGGAUACCUUGAAGAACGUGGCUGAGCAGGAGCAGCAGCAGUUGUUCAAUGACCACUUUCCCUUUGACUAGCCUAUCUCCCCACUCCUCCUGGCUUGAUGAUGAAGAUGAUGAUAAUAAUGAUAUUGACCUCAAAAGUAAAAGUGUUAUUCUCUAACCUAUAGUUUUAAUGUUCAAGCAAAUCAUGAUAUUAAUGAAUGAUGAAACAUUUAUUGAAAUGCAAAAUCUAUCAAUACUUAAAGAGUUUUGAUAAACAUCAUUAAUGGUUUGAAUCCUGGGCAAAGUGAAUUAAGGUUUGAGAGUUUUCAAAAUAAUGCCCCAAAUGAUCUCCCAUUAAAUAUCUUUUCAGAGCUAAAUUAUAAUUUAGAAAUUUAGAUUGAAAUCACUCUCUUGUUUCAAAAUACUGUUUAAAAACUAAAUCUUUUUACAAAAAAAUUUGAUCUGAAACUCCUUGUCUUAUGAUCACCUUAUCUUUUUAUUGAGAAAAUAACUUACUAUUGUCUGUAAAGCUUCUUAGAACUUCCUUGAAAUGCUAGAUUGUAAGAUCUGGCCAGUUCUUGCUUGCAAAGUUAUAAAAUCCUGAAUUCUACAGUUUAAGGAACUCAAGACUUUCCCAGUCACAGUAGAAGAAUUUGUGAUUGAAGAUUAAAAUUGCAUUUGUGAAAUUUAGAUUUUUGCCUCCUCAAAGAUUUGUUAAUAACACAUUUUAUAAGCCCUCUAACAAUUAUCUCUCAAAAAAGCCCUUUUUAAUUACCUCUAACUUUCUUUUAUCAGUACCAUAAUGCUUGUUUUCCUCAUCUUAGGUGUGAUCAUUCUUUGGUUAAAUUUUUUAGAUCUCUGAUCAUCUUUUUUGGUUCAUAACUAUAUUCGAACUUUUAUUUAAAUUCUCUUUUAUUUCACUUUUAAUGUGUUGUCUGAUGUAAUUAAGAAAUAAGUUUUUCUGUUAAUUAUCUUUGGACUUGAGGGAUUUUGAAAAUAUAUUGUAUGCUACAAUGUAAUAAAGUCAUUUAAAC